AUGAGCUGCUACAAAGACACCAUGGACAGCACUGACAAGCCCUGCUUUGCAGAGAAAUACCAGUACAGCUUGCCACUACUUAAACCCUUUCGCACUACCAAAAGACAUCGUCAUCCUAUAGAUAAUGCUGGUUUAUUUUCCUUUAUGACUUUAAACUGGAUCACACCCCUUGCAAGGAAGGCUUACCAGCUCUCAGAACUUAAUAUCAGUGAUCUCUGGGAUCUUCCUUCUCAUGAUUCUGCAGAACAGAACUGCCAAAGGUUACAUCGUCUUUGGGAAGCAGAGCUGAAGAAAUGUGGGAAGAAAAAAGCAUCCCUGAGAAAGGUGGUAUGGCGGUUUUGUCAAACUAGAUCCGUGUUGGCUUUCUUGUGUCUGAUUAUCACAAUGAUAGCAAACUUUAUUGGCCCUGCAAUCUUCAUCAGAGCACUACUUGAGUACUCAGAAGCAAUGGAAUCCAAUCUUCUUUAUGGAUUGCUUCUUUCCUUUGGUAUUUUUGCAGCAGAGCUCCUUAGGUCUUGGUCUUUUGCAAUGAGCUGGGCAAUGAACUACAGAACUGAAUUCGACUGAGGGGAGCAGUUUUAGCCUUGGCUUUUAGAAAGAUCCUGAGACUUAAAGAAACAAAAGAUGUAACAACUGGAGAGCUUAUUAAUAUGUGCUCUAGUGAUGGUCAUCGACUUUAUGAAGCGGCCUCCAUAGGCUGUAUGUUAGCUGCUGGUCCUUUCAUUGCUCUCAUGGGACUACUAUACACUGUGAUGUUCCUUGGACCAACAGCAUUGAUAGGUUCUGCUGC